ACCAGGGAGUGCAUGGGGUCAUUAAGGCUCUUUCUAACAUGCUGGCGAGCCUUCGAUGAGGGAUAGGAAAACUAGAUCUGACCGCAUGCAGCAGAGGAGGAUACAGAAACGCUGAGAGGCAGUCGAGUUGACUGGGUUAGAGGCCAGAAAUAAGUGCAUACAAUAUAUGAUGCUCAGUGAACAUUGCAACAGAUUUAAGCCAAGUGUUCAGGACGACACAGCAAAGCCUCAGGACAUGAAAAUACACAGAUCGUUAAGCUUCCAGCUGCCGGGAGCGGCCUGAGUGUGAAAGCGUGCACUUGCUUGGGGAGGAGACGCACUGAAGAAACGAGUUCAGGCUUUGACCCGAGUCAAAGAGUUGUGCACCCGGAAUUACGGUAACAGUGACCCGAGGCCUACCCUGGAAACAGCAGCACUCAGGAAAGGCCGUUGCGCCCCGCGAGGGAAACGGAGCCGUUGACCAUGGUUGCAACUGGCAGUUUGAGCAGUAAGAACCCGGCCAGCAUUUCAGAAUUGCUGGAUCGUGGCUAUCACACAGAGAGCCUGCUAAGUGAUUUUGACUACUGGGAUUAUGUUGUUCCUGAACCCAACCUCAACGAGGUAAUAUUUGAGGAAUCAACUUGCCAGAAUUUGGUUAAAAUGCUGGAGAACUGUCUGUCCGAAUCAAAGCAAACCAAACUUGGUUGCUCAAAGGUCCUUGUCCCAGAGAAACUGACCCAGAGAAUUGCUCAAGAUGUCCUACGGCUUUCCUCAACGGAACCCUGUGGCUUGCGAGGUUGUGUUAUGCACGUGAACUUGGAAAUUGAAAAUGUAUGUAAAAAGCUGGAUAGGAUUGUGUGUGAUUCUAGUGUGGUGCCUACUUUUGAGCUUACACUUGUGUUUAAGCAGGAGAACUGCUCAUGGACUAGAUUCAGGGACUUCUUUAGUAGAGGUCGGUUCUCCUCUGGUUUCAGGAGAACUCUGAUCCUCAGCUCAGGAUUUCGACUUGUUAAGAAAAAACUUUACUCACUGAUUGGAACAACAGUCAUUGAAGGGUCCUAAAACGGUAACAUUUAUAAACGUUAUUUCGUGAUUGGGUAGUGAAACUAUUCAGCAAGUCAGCUAAAGUCAUUUAUAGUUUGCCCCACCUACCCUCAAUAAGAAACCCCAAAUGUAGUCCAUUUUCUCUUUGUGUUUCACAUUCAUAGCAACUGCAGCUAACAGGCUGAUUUUCUGGCCUUUGGAGAAAUGAUCCAAAAUAGCGUACAUUUUCUGCAUAUAUCACAUUUUUGUAGAGAAUUGAAUGAAAUGGAAUAGGUAAGCAAAAGUAGAAGUCCAUUUGAGUUGUACAUUUGAUUCCACAAUUUUGUUUCAGGUAGUCUUGCUAAUAGACUACAUAAACCAGAUUUGCCUAGUUUGAUUUUCAUAUGGCUUUUUUUUUUUUUUUCUGUAAGGUUUCAGAGUGAUUCUUUAAAUCACAAAAUCUUACUAAGUGACAUUUAGCCUAUCAAAACUUCCAGAAGCCUAGACCACCAGUUCCUGACUCAAAUUUGAAUUGUUCUUAGACAGGAGGGUAGGAUUAAGUAGGUGAGUUUAAUUAAAGCUUAACCCUAGGUAAGAGUGAAUGAGAAAUAUUAUGGCUAUAAUGGAACUGCUUCACUGUUUCUUGGUGACUUCCUCACGCUGUUUUAAAAAGGCGACAAAAGCUUGCUCUGCCAUUUCAGUAACCACGGUGUUGGUUUGGAUGCUUUUAUAAGCUCAGUUUCCCUUGUUCUUAAGUGUUAAAUAUUGUUUUUAACUAGAAAAAUGCAAAAUAUUGAACUGAUAUUUUUGCGUGUAGUUGAUUACUCUUCCAUUGAGUGAAUGAUGAAUGCCUGUGAGAACAGGAAAUUAGUUCUGAGAUCUAGUCCCUCUCUGAUGUAUUUACUAAUCUGUCUUCCUUUCAGUAUUACACAUGCUUAAUCUCAGAUGAACCAUUUCACCAUGUCAGUGUUAUCUCAUCUCUGGGCUUUUCUGGGAAUUGAGGUAUCUCUCCUUAACCCCAAUUUUCAAGGGCAGUAGCUGUAUACUACCACUUUGAAUGAUCGAAACAGGGUCAAUUUGCAAAGUCUGCAUUGGCUAUGGAGAUAUGGUUUAUGGUACAGCCUAGACAAUGAAACUCACAGCCCAGAUAACUGUGCAUAUACCGGAUUUCUUUCACCUUGGAUACCUGUCACUAGGGAAUAAUAAAGGCCUUAUUUUUUGUCUUAUUCUGACUAAGUAGAUCAUUAUCUCUUUCCUUUUUUAUGUUAAUGAGAGAAUUUAGCCUCUACCCAACAAUGUUCAAUUCAGCAAGGCUUUCAUAUCCUUGCUGUGGGUCGUGGAUAAGGAGCUUAUUCAGGUUUCCUGCCCUAGCUAUUAGUUCCACUCCACAUGCUGGAGACUGGUGUCAGGGACAGAUGUAUCAUCCCGGUGUUACUCAAAAACAGGUGUGAUCCUGUUACUGAUACUAUAAGUGACCUAAAAUGUCACUGUUCAAAUUAGCAAGUGUUCUAACAAACUAAACUCUUCCAAUGCUUGGAAAGAUACUACAAAGCCAAUCUUUACAGAAUUAGGCCAAGAUAAAUCCAUGUUGUUCUGCAUGUCUAUUAUUAGGCUCCAAAGGUUCACUGUGUUUCUGCUGCUGUCCUGGAGUUGUCACCACUGACUGGGCAACGCUUCUUGGGCAUGGAUGUAGAACUGUUGUCCUUUUUCCACUAAUAAGUUUUCUUUGACUCUUGCCUGUUAUGCUUACAAAAUGGUGAUGGCUUUUGGAGGCUGUUAAAUUAAUAUUCCUGUUAAAGGAAAUUAAAGUUUGUCUAUUUUUGACAAUAAAGCAUUAUAUAUUUUUAA